AUGCCAGCCAUGGACCAGCUCCUGAGAUCUUCUUUCUAUGUCCUCCUGUUCCUGGCACCGUUAAGCACCAUGGGGCACCCUAUUCAAAUCCACGUACCUCCCCAUGAGCUCAUCAUUUCUAGCUUCUUGGUGCGCUCAGCUGUUGUGUCCCGCUACGCCUCCACCCAAGUGUGGGCUUCCAUGACCAACCCGCACACCGAGGCAAAAGAAGCCGUCUUUGACUUGGACCUGCCCAGUUCAGCCUUCAUCUCCAACUUUACCAUAACUGUCAACGGGAAGUUCUACGUGGCUGAGGUGAAGGAGAAGCACCAGGCUAAGAAGAUGUACGAUGAAGCGCGCAGGCAGGGAAAGACAGCAGCUCAUGUGGGCACCAAGGUCCGAGAAACGGAGAAAUUCAGGGUGUCCACCAGCGUGGAGGCAGGGGGCAAGGUGACCUUUGAGCUGACCUAUGAGGAGCUGCUGCAGCGGCAUUUGGGCAAGUAUCAGCACGCCAUCAAUGUCCGGCCCCAGCAGGUGGUCCAGAACCUGAGCGUGGAGGUGAGCAUCUCCGAGCGGACCGGCAUCGACUAUGUCCACGUGCUGCCCCUCCGCACGAGCCGGCUGCUGACCAACACCCUUCGAGGUGAGGCUGAUGCGCCGCCCUCUACCCGGGUGGAGAAAGGGACGCACUGCGCCUGGAUUAUCUUCACCCCAACACCCCAAGAACAGGCGGCGUUUUCCAGCUCAGGAAUCGUGGGCGAUUUUGUGGUGCAGUAUGACGUGGCCAUGCCGGACGUUGCGGGCGAUGUGCAGAUCUACAACGGCUACUUUGUCCACUACUUCGCCCCGAGGGGGCUGCCCCCCGUGCAGAAAGACGUGGUGUUUGUUAUUGACGUCAGCGGCUCCAUGUACGGCACCAAGAUGAAACAGACCAAGAAGGCCAUGCACGUCAUCCUAAGCGACCUCCACCAAGACGACUACUUCAACAUUGUGACUUUCUCCGACGCAGUGAACGUGUGGAAGCCCAGCCAAUCCAUCCAUGCUACUUCGCAAAAUAUUCGGAAGGCCAAGGAUUACGUCAGCAAGAUGGAAGCUGAUGGAUGGACUGACAUCAAUGCAGCUCUGCUUGCUGCCGCCUCAGUCUUCAACCAGAGUUCUGCAGCAGCAGGGAAGGUCAUGAGGGAACCGAGAAUCCCACUGAUCAUCUUCCUGACAGACGGUGAACCCACCUCCGGGGUGACAGCCGGCAGCCGCAUUCUGUCCAAUGCUCAGCAGGCCUUGAAGGGCACCAUCUCACUCUUCGGCCUGGCAUUUGGCGAUGAUGCAGACUAUGGGCUGCUGAGACGCCUCUCGCUAGAGAAUCGUGGUGUGGCCCGGCGCAUAUACGAGGACGCUGAUGCCACGUUGCAGCUCAAGGGUUUCUAUGAUGAGAUUGCCAGUCCUUUGCUCUAUGACGUGGAACUGGCCUACCUGGAUGGGGUAGCUGAGGACCUCACGCAGAACCUCUUCCCCAAUUAUUUCCAGGGCUCAGAGCUUGUUGUGGCUGGCCGUGUGAAGCCAGGGGUGUCGGAGUUGCGGGUACGCACCAUGGGACACGGCCAAGAGGGGCCCCUGAGCCUCGAAAAUGACAUUUCUGCCAAUGCCACCGAAGCAUCUCCCUUUGGCUGCCCUGGGGAGGCCCACAGGAUCAGCCAUUUUGUGCAGAGGCUCUGGGCCUACUUCACCAUUCAGGACCUGCUGCAGGCGCGAUUCCGGGCCAAUGACACCACCGCCCGGCACCUGCUGACCGAAAAGGCCACCAACCUGUCCCUCAAGUACAACUUUGUCACCCCCGUCACUUCCUUGAUUGUGGUGAGGCCAGAAGAGGACCAAGAGAAGGAUCGGCCUAUGAAAGCUACCGUCCCUCCCGGUGUGACCAGAGCCCUCAAGACCGCUUCACUUGGGCCCUCUAAAAUGGCUAAAACCACUCCUGUACUUGGACGUACCAAUGCUCCCACGAUCACAAAAGCACUCAAGGGAACGGUGGGGGCUGGAGCUGCUACCCCUUCCCUGGCUCCUGCAACAGCCUCUAGAGUAAUGAAAGCAGCCAGAGCCACGUCUCCGCCAGUUGCUGCCAUGACCACCUUUGUCAUGACUCCAAUGGCCUACGCUUCCCCAGCCCCAACCGUCCCUGGCCGCACCAAAGCAGCCAAAGUCACACCAGUCCCAGGAACAGUGGCCACAUCUGUGACUCCUGCUGUAAUCCACGGGUCUGCUAAGCCGCCCAGAGCCACAGCCUCCCUUAGGGCAACCAGACCACCCAUCAAAACCCCCAAGGCAAGUCCCACCAGAGCCGGGAGGCUCAAGGUCACAGGUCAGCCUCACUCCAUCAUGGAGACCCGAGGGACGGCUGUUACCAAGGUCUUGGCAGGGGUCCCCAGCACCGCGCUCAGCAUGUCCGCUGCAGUAUACCCCUCUGGCAGCGCCAAGGUGCUGUGGGGGGACUUCAACACUUGGGAGCAGCCUGAGAUGACCCCACAACCAGCCAUUGAGCAUCAGCCGCACACACAUGGGCAGACAGGGACGGGGAACACGCCCUGGAGUAAGACGACUCCCAAGGGUGGGGCAGCCACAGAGGGGCACACUGAGAAGCCCCCACAGAACAGCACUGUUCCUUGGGGCACGGCCCCUGGGGGGCCCUCCCUCGGGACACAGGGAGCAGCCUCGAGUAGGAUUCCCAGCAGCAGCAGCAGCAGCAGCAGCAGCAGCAGCCCGCCCACCUCUGACAUCAGCCUCCUCCUCCUGCCUGGCGAGUCCGAGCUGCGCUCAGCCACCGACCACGACACUGAGUACGUGGAGUCCUUGAACCCGCCGGCUGUGUAUAGUUUUGUGACAGCCAGGGGGCAGCCAGGAAGCCUGGAUUAUGAAGACUAUCCAGACUUCUUAGAAGAACCGGACAGUGACUCAGACUCUUUGGGAGGCUCCUCCGACGCUGGCUUCUUCACCUUCUCCUCUUGGGUGGAUGGAGACCCUCACUUCGUCGUAAGGUUGCCGCGUUCGCUGGGGAACAUGUGCUUCACCCUGGAUGGAUGCGCAGGAGAUAUCCUGAGGUUGGUGAAGGACCCUGACACAGGCUUGUCAGUCAAUGGGCACCUAAUGGGGGCCCCUUUCAAGCCAGGCCACGAAGAGCACCCCCGCACCUACUUCGACGCCAUCACCGUGGUAGUGGAGCAGCCACACGCCAGCUACGUGGUCAACAUAACGCGGGAGGGCGUGACGCUCCACGGGGAGGCUGUGCUGGCGCUGCCCUUCGCCCGGCGAGCUGCAGUCCACAAGCCGCGGCUGACGAUUUCUGUGUGGUCCGAGGCCAACGUGACGGUGCGGAUCGGGAGUGAGGUGGAGUUCCUGGUCCUGCUGCACCGCUACAGCCACCCCACAGCCCUGCAGCUGGACCACCUGGGCUUCUACGUGGUGAAUGGCCAGGGGCUGUCCACUUCAGCACAGGGCUUGUUAGGCCAGUUCCAGUAUGGUGACGUCAGGCUUUCCCCAGACCCAGCGGAGGGGGAGCGAACAGCCUGGAUAUCAAGGGGCUCGAACAACGUACCAGUCACCGAGGUCACCAAAGUACUGAAGGAUUCCACCCGGAGGGCCCAUGAGGCUCCGUGCUGGCUGGUGAGGCGCAAGGAUGUGGAAGGGCUCUUGGGAGCUCCCUACGGUGCCUACCUAGCCUCCAACCUGCUGGAAAUGUGAGCUGGCCGCCUUCCACUCGCUCAGCCUGAAACAGCUGGGCCAGCAAGCAGGAAAAAAGAAAAAGACUCUAGCACUACCCCCAUUCCCCUAUCCCUCCACCUCAGCCUUGUGCUCUGGGGAUGAGGAAGAGGAAGGGAGGCCAUCAUCUCCCUUCCAGGACUUUUGCAGUAGAGGCUGUUGAGAAUGGGUUUGGUUGGUGUAAUAUAGAAAGGGAGAUUGGAUCUAACUGCAAAGGGGUCUUCUUCUCAUCAAGGGACGGAAGGUCAAAAACAUAUUGCUCACCCCCCACCCCUCACUUGGGACAGCCAAGUUCCUAACGCCUGGAUCCUUCCUGAUGGGAGACCAGCCCUUUCCCAUCUUGGAACGUGCCACAGCAGAGUCCCCAAAAGUUCACAAAAAUAACUUGUAACGAUUAAACAAUAAGGAAUAGGAAAAGAGACGGGGUUCUCCAUGGGACUCAAAAUUAUGCCAAACUGACAGCCCUUGGAGCUCAGGACCAUCUACACCCCCCCGCACCCAAAUGCAUUGCUCUGAAGCAGUGAGGCAACCAAGGGGAAUAGCCCCGGGUGGGUUAAGAUAGCCUCUGUCCACUGGUGAGAAGAAGCCUUUGAAGUAAGCCCGAUGUUCCUUUCUCCAUCAGUGGAGGUGGAGUAUCCUGAACAGGAAGUUGCAUGGCGGAUGUGGGUGGGGGUGUCCCUCACUGCCUGGAAUUUAAUGGAACAUGUUGGAGAACUUGCCUGCCAAAGGCACCAUCCGAGGUGGCCAAGAUCCAAUUGGCCAUCCUUCUUGAUCAAGAGAUCAACAGAACCCAACAGAUCUCUUUAAGGCCCAAAGCUGCAGAGGCUGCUGUACCCCUGGUAGGGUGAGCUGUCAUUCCAGAAACGACAGGCAGCUGCUGCGCUUCAUAAGCCAGAGUAGCUCAGUAGUGGCGGGGGGAGUCAAAUCGGCCAGCGGACUCGCUAAUCCGGCUGAUGGCAAUCCUUUUCUUUGAAGUGUUUUGGCUUUGGGCAAGGAGGAUGGCAGCAUUAAGUCUUGAGAUCUGAUCUGUGAAAAGGAGCAUGAACUUUCGGGAGGAACUUUCAUGCAAGAUGCAGAACUCUUUUUGAGAGCGAUCCCAGC